CAUCAUAACAAUGGCGGCGAAUAAAGCUUUUUAGUUAUAAAGAGAAAAAUUGGCGCAACGCCGGCAGCGGCAGCCAUGUCCAGCACCCAGCCACCGGCGGCGAUCCGCCCCUACCGCCUUCGUAAAAUACUCUCCAACCACACCCUCGCCGUAUCCUGCGUGAAAUUCUCCAACGACGGCUCUCUGUUCGCCUCCGCCUCCCUGGAUCAAACCCUAAUCGUCUACUCCACCCAAACCCUAACCCAAAUCUCCCACCUAAUCGGCCACUCCGAGGGCGUCAGCGACCUCUCCUGGUCCUCCGACUCCACCUACAUCUGCUCCGCCUCCGACGACCGCACCCUCCGCAUCUGGCUCGUCCGCACCGCCGAGUGCGUCAAGAUCCUCCGCGGCCACACCGACAGGGUUUUCUGCGUCAAUUUCAACACGCAGUCCAAUCUCCUCGUCUCCGGGGGCUUCGACGACACCGUUAGGGUUUGGGACGUCAAGACGGGCAAGGCGGUGCACGUCAUCCGUGCGCACACCAUGCCCGUCACCUCCGCCAGUUUCAACAGAGACGGUAAUUUGAUCGUUUCCGGGAGCCAUGACGGCUCCUGUAAGGUUUGGGAUGCGGAUACCGGGGCGUGGGUGAAGACGCUGAUUGAUGUCACGGUGCCAGCGGUCUCGUUUGCCAAGUUCUCGCCCAAUGGCAAGUUUGUCCUUGUUGCAACGCUUGAUGAUAAUCUUAAGUUAUGGAACCACGCAGCUGGGAAGAGUAUGAGGUUAUAUACAGGCCACACGAACAGAGUCUACUGCAUAACUCCAACAUUUUCUGUCAGCAGCGACAGCGAAAAGUUAAUUGUCAGUGGCUCCGAGGAUAAGUGUGUAUACUUAUGGAAUUUACAGGGGAAAAUGCUCCAGAAACUCGAAGGCCAUACAGAUACUGUUAUUUCUGUAGCAUGUCACCCCACAGUGAAUAUGAUUAUAUCUGCGGGACUUGAGAAGGACAAGACGGUGAGGGUUUGGGUUCAGCAAUAAUAUAUAUGGAGACAUAGUUAGCAAGCACUAGCAGGUUAGUGGUUUUUCUCUGUAAAUGGCUAGAGGAUCAGUUUUCUAUUCCUUUGGAUGGUGAUUACACUCAAUAGUAGAUCAGUAGUUAUUGUUGGGUGAUUUGUUAAUAUGUCUGAGCAUUUGGAUCUCCUUCCAUGUUUAUGCUCUGCAUUUGUUUUGAAACUGGUUUAAAUUUGAAUUGUACUAUGCCAGUGCUUUCCAUCAUAUAAUGCUUCUUUUCUUUGCUUGGA